AUGUUUCUUUUCACGGCUUCUGACCUCUACGGGGAGUGCUGUGCGCUGUAUGGGGUGAGGCCGAACAGGGAUGUGGCCGAGCAGCUGGCCGGGUCCAACUUUCUCACUAUCCGGAGGAUCGAUGCCUCGAGAACUUUUCUGGGCGAGUUGGGCGUCCGGGCACUCCUGGAGUUUGUCGGAAGCCACUCUGGGAUCCGGCAACUCGUCCUUAAAAAAAAUGGUGUCGAUGCGGCUUGUGUCGAGCACCUCUGCGGUGUCCUGCGCGAGAGUCCGUCUCUUUCUUCCGUUGACCUUUCCGACAACCCCAUGUCAACGCCCUCCGUGCGUCUUCUUUCGGAAACUGCAAGGGCCGUACCACAUAUUCGAGAGAUAAAAGUGGAGAACUGCGGCGUAAGCGACGAUUGGAUGAAUCGACUGGAGCGCUGCUGCAACGCGAACAGUGAACUGCAGCGUCUUGGGUUUUACCCGUAUGGCCCGGUGCGAGGCCUCCGGAGUUGGGAAACGGUGUUUGUUCUCGUGCUGGGUCCAGAAUCUCUGGUGCAAACAUACUGUACAGAAAUCUUGCCGUACGUUGGAAGCUUUGUCUCGAGACUCCGCUUAAGAAUUGCGCCUCUCACCAUUGACAAGGCGGAUACAGAUGAUGUAGUCAAAAGCAAGGUCUGGCGGUGCAGUUCGAUGCACAACUACGCGUUGAGCUGGUGUGUUGUUCUCAUUGGUGAGAAAGCGCAAUGGCCGGAUGCGGACAUCAGUGCCUUGAUGGCUGUGAUGCGCCAGGAGGAGCCUGUGGUCCCACCAUUGCGGAAUAAAUUUGGAGUUCUUCGCGAUCCCAUGUAUCGCCAUGCAAAACAUCUCUUUGUAUAUACACUGACGUCUUUCCAUGAGGAAGGGCCGUACAAGGGAAAUGUGUCAACCGUUCCAUCUAGUGUGUGGCUCCCCGCGUUGGGCAUUACAGUGCCAAAUGGCAUGAAUGCUCCCCCCGCAGUGGCAGUGAGGAGUGGGAACUGCUGGAAAGUGCGCUGCCUGACUGACUUGUCCGUCUCGUUGUGCUCCGUUUUCUCCGAGCGGCCUCGUUCCAUGGCGUUAUUGGAGGAAGACGAGGGAUCUGACAAGAAUUUAUGGGAGACCAUUGAACGGGAAAAACUUGUCGGCUCGCUGCACCCAAGGUGCAAGGACAUUGUUCACUACGUGGAGUCGCCCGCUGGACAGUCAUCUGUUCCAUUGAUUCUGUACGGUGCGGCUGAUAUAGGCAAGUCUAAGAUCUUGUCUUGGGCUGCUGCAAAUUAUUCGGCGGUGGAGUCGCUCCGAGUUGUUCCCUAUCAUGUGAGCCACGAAAACCAGAGUCUUGUUGUGCUCUUGUUUCAUCUCCUUCGUGUCUUUUUAAAGAAGUCCAGGCGGAUGUAUCGCAGUGUGGAGGAGCUGGCUGUGGAUGUCCGCGAAGUAAUCUCUAAAUACGACGGGGAAAUGAUUCUUCUCCUGAUCUCGCGCAUCGAUCUCUUGGACAGCUGUGGGGGCCGAGAAUCGCUCGUUCUCGAAUGGCUUCCCUCGUGUCUACCUCCAUCUGUGAGAGUUAUUGCUUCUCUAAACACCGAGAGUCCGCUUCUGACUGCCUUUCGGAAACGCAUGCCACAACCGUACGAGACACUCAUCACGUCUUUUCCAAGGCAAGUGAGGGCCGACUUAUUUCUGAAGGAAGUUUUGCGGCGUGACGUGAGGAAAACGUCAGAAGACGGUGGCGCUAUGAACGAUGGCGGCACCUUCCGUCCAUUUGAGCCCAACAAGUCGCUAGAAGGUGCCUUCUUGCAGAAGGAUGGAUCAGAAACCAUAUCCUUCGGUGUUUACACGGCUUCUUUUCUACAGCGAAUGCCAAAUAAUUUGGCCGAGAGGGACAUGGCGUUCAUUCUCGCGGAGGAUGUGCCCGACACUUUGGAUGAAAUCCUAACGGUGUUGUUGAGGCGGUAUGAAACAAUAAGCGACCCACUCACGGUUCAGUAUCUUACGAUGAGCCUUGUGGCGACACCACUGCCCAUUUCUGAGGUUAUUUAUAUUUGUGAAGAGCUGGGACCUUGCAGACGCCACAAAACUUUACCAGUUCUUUUGAUGAUGUCAGAUGACGGUCUCUUGACCGUGACUUCCGGAUCCAUUGUUCAUUUAUCGGGGCCGGAUGUACGUCGGGUGGUCAUAAAACUCUACGCGGAUAUGCAAGAUCUUCUCAGCGUGCUGGUGGAGACGCACCUUGUUCGGCUGAUCAAGACGCGAAGUCCCGAUAUGUGCUUUUACUUUGGACAUCUGGCACCAAUUAUGAUCGCAAAUGGUAGCGUUGAUGUUGCUUGCAGUUUUAUAUUAGAUCCAACGCAUAUGGACGCUCUUUUGAGCCGUGAUCCAGACAGCUGUACCCAUGCAAUUGAUUUAAUCUUUCGUCUUUUAAACACACGUCAGCUUAUUCUUGAAUUGGGUGAAGAUAUUUCUCCUUUAAUGGAUCAAAAUACGCGGCGUCGUAACCGCGAGGCCUUACGGAGUGCUCUUGAAUUCUUGCAGUUGGACAAUGGAUUUUUCUUUCAAUCUUCCUUGUUGGCUUCCGAUGUAUCGCCGUAUUAUUUGCAGGCAAUGGAGGCAGAGGAGGUACCAUACACUGUGCUUGUUCCCUUGAACCGCGGUGAUGAGGAUGACGCAACGUAUACGUUAGACUGCAAGCAUUUGCCCGUUUAUUGCCAUUUGCGGGGGGAAUAUCUUGUGGUGACAACCACCCAGGAGGUUAUAGUAUACUCCGCGACAGAUUUUCAAAAUGAGCUUAUGCGGUCCUUUGUGCCAUUUGAACUCAAUCAAAAUCUUCGUGGGGCUCUGGUGGCUGCAGGGACACGUGUCGUCGUGAUUGGCGAUGAGCAAUUGCUGUUAUGGGACUUUGGCAGGCAGUCAUUUACAAUGUUUGAGGAUACCACCGCAUCAUUGAGUGAAAAUGCAUUGGAUCCAUGUUUUCUCAACCUUGUCGUCUGCCAUCACUCGAAGGAACAGCUUUCUGUCAUUGAUGUUUCGAAAAACAAAGUUGUUUUGGAGCUUCCAACGCUGGAGGCGGCGUCUGUGCGUGAAGCAUUCUUUUGUGGCGGUGGGAUUCUUGCCCACACGUUAUACGAUUUGUUCCUGAUACGGGGGGAAGAGGUGGUAAAACUCGCCCAUACGGGCCCCAUUCGUCGUGUGAGUUUUUCCAAUGACGGUUGCCUUAUUGCUUCUUGCGUACGAGAGGAUAUAUGGAUCUGGUCCGGUACCGGGGAACUGCUGCAUCUCAUCGACGCCGGGGUGACACCACUUGAGGACCUUUGUUUUAAUGCGAGCGGGACGUUGCUGCUUACGUGGCAAACUGAGGGGGUGAAGUUGUGGCACUCGCUGAGUGGGAAGUAUGUGGGGGCUGUGGAGCCCUGCUUUGAUGAGAGGGCCUCGUUUGUUUCUUUUACCGAGGACGGCAAUAAUAUUAUUGGGCGGUGUGGCUCACAUAUUUAUCUGUGGGAUGUCCACACCCGUCAGCCCGUGGGGGUGCUUACAGCCGACACUGGCUGUUUUACGUUUGUGCAGGCGCGGAAUCAAAUGAUGAUUGGCACAACCUCCCGGAAUGAGGUGAAGAUAUGGCGGUUGGGCGAUGCCCCUCUUCCGUCCAUCCAAAGUGUGAGGGAGAAAAAGCUCACAACCAUUUGGCGGAAAAAUGGUAGGCUCUCAACCGCGCCAAUUGUUCGAGUCGACGUAAAUUCGAAUGGGAGUCUUAUCACCGUUGUUGAUGGGAACGGUUCUGUGAUUCUGCAGCCUAUAUACGGCAAUGCGAGAUUGGACUGCGACAUCAGCCAUGCCGAAAGUACCGCAAUCCUCAACGACAUGAUAUUCUUCACGAUGAAAGGUGAGGGCCGUCAGUACUUCUGGAAACGACUGAGUGAAAAUGACACCGUAACCGAGGUGUCAUUACCGAGGAACGCCGUGAUGCAUGCGAGACUGGAGCUCGUAAAGUCAGAGGAUGGGGGUACAAUGGCUGUGAUUUCAAACUCUGAAAAAGGCAGCGUGAUUUACGUUUACAACACCUCCGAUUGGACCUUGACAAACCAGUUUUUGGGUCAUUCCGGCCGCAUUAUUCAAGCCAUUUUUGCUGGCGACUUUCUCAUUAGUUGGGGGGAUGAUUGCACAGUGCGGCUUUGGAGCUUGUUGCGACAUGCGGAGAGGGCGACAUACAGCCAUGACUGUUCUAUAGUUGCGGCAACAUCCGGCCCUUUAAUGACUCUUUUUUUAGUGGACGACCGAUCACGGCUGUAUCAUCUGCAUGUGGAGAACAUUGCAUCCUCAGUGGACGCGCGUUUUGUUGCAGAUCCGGUGGAAUUGUCACUGACUAUUCCAACCACUUCUAGGGUCCGAGCGAUGAUUCACACCUCAGAUCUGCUUGUCAUGUCCACUGAGGACGGCUCAGUGUACUUGGUGGACCUUCGCCAGGGCGGGACUGUCAGCAGGCUGUCCGGCUACAAGUGUCUCUCCCUUGCUUCAGCCUCCAGUGGGGGCGAUGUGUAUGUCGUAACGGGUCAUUGGACCGGCGAGGUUCUUUUGCACCUCGUCCGUUUUACUGAGCAGAUGUAA